AUGACUACUAGAACCGAAAGCCAUAGCUUCGGUGGAGAGGCACAUACUACAAUCCAUCCGCCUAGACUCCCCGACAGGAUAGAACAGAAGCCAUCAUCCGACGAGCCUACAGGACUGGCCAGCGAGCAUCAAGAACAGCAUGAUGCCAAUCAUGACUCAGUUCCGUCGACGAUUGUGCCCUUAUCAAAAGCAAGGUAUAUUGCUCUUGUGGCCACAGUGACCGGAGCAACAUUUCUGAAUGGUGCCGCUGCCAACGUUCCGACAGCAAUCGGAAUCUUGGGCACUGCGUUUUCGCCAGGGCAGGCCAAGACGUAUGCAUUUACUGUCUAUUCCGCCGGCGCCCCAUUAGGAAGCGUCUGUGGCAAUAUUGUCGGCGGCUUCAUUGCUUCAUUCGCAAGCUGGAAAUGGGUAUUUGGUGCAAUGGCGAUGCUCGCUGCGGUUGUGACCAUUGCGGCCAUCUUCGUCAUCCCACCGCCCAAAGAGAUGCUCCGCGAGAAGGAAAUCUCAGCACGAGAAACAGUGGAUUGGGUUGGAGCGUUCCUCAUCACUGCCAGCCUCCUGUGCCUCCUCUUUGCUCUCACUGAAGGCAACGUCGUCGGCUGGUCUACGCCCUGGGUCCCAGUCCUCAUCGUAGUAUCACUUCUCCUCAUCGCCCUAUUCAUCCUCUGGCAGUGGCACCUCGAAACCAAAACCACGCGCGCACCGCUCAUGAAGCCCUCCAUCUUCAGUAUUGACCGGCGUUUCGGCGCGGCACUACUGACCAACGGGCUCUUUAACGCCUCCUUCAACGGCUAUCUCAUCUUCGUAACCUCCUUCUACCAAGAUUACCAGAAUCUGUCCCCGCUCCAGACGACCCUCCGAUUCCUUCCCACAGGCAUCACCGGCAUCAUCACCGCUGGCGUCGCCUCCCAACUCCUCCUUCGCAUCCCGGCCUCGCGCCUGCUCGUCACUUCCACCUUCUGCGUCAGUGCCUCCUCGCUCCUCUUCGCCGUGCCCAUCCCUCCGAGGACAACAUCUUAUUUUGCCUAUGGCUUCUGGGCCAUGAUGCUGUCGACCUUUGGCGCCGAUAUGAUAGGCCCUUGCCUGGCGCUAUUUACGUCGCUCACCCUGCCGCUCGCGCACCAGGCGCUCGGCGGAGGCCUACUAUUCGCUACGAUGCAGCUGGGCCGUGCGAUCGGACUGGCAGUCGCAACUGCGGUGCAGACGGCAGUGGUGGCGAGAGAAAAGGGCUUCAGUGUUCAGGAUGUGCGAGAGGUGCAGCCGUGGGAGGAGGCGUCGUUAAAAGGUCUGAGGGCGGGCUGCUGGCUGAAUUUUGGGUUUGGAGUUACAGCAUUAGGGCUUGUACUUGUGACAUUUCGAGGGUUGGGAGUCAUUGGGAAGUCGCGGGCUGUGGAUAAGUAG